GAGAGAGGCACAUUCGAACUGUGACCGUCGCACAGUCCAGACACACUCGAUCCGCUCCGAAAAGAGAACCGCAGUUUCCAGUUCUUAGAGACAACGCCCUCACCAGCACAUCAACAUCCAAACAACACAUCAGCCAUGCACGGAUACCGAACAUACAACAUGGAGAAUCACCAUCACGACUCCAAUGCCGUGGACCAGAAGCCGCUCGUGGUCGACCUCAUGGCCACGCAAUACGGCAAACCCCAGACGCCGCCGCCUUCUCCAAAUGAGUGCCUCUCCAGUCCGGACAACUCGCUGAACGGCAGCCGCAACUCCGAGAUUCCCGCUGAUCCGUCGGUUCGACGCUACCGAACCGCCUUCACACGCGAUCAGCUUGGACGUCUCGAGAAGGAGUUCUACAAGGAAAACUACGUGUCCCGCCCGCGUCGCUGCGAGCUUGCUGCCCAGCUCAACCUGCCGGAAUCCACCAUCAAGGUGUGGUUCCAGAACCGUCGCAUGAAGGACAAGCGCCAGCGCAUCGCCGUCGCCUGGCCCUACGCCGCCGUUUACUCCGACCCCGCUUUCGCCGCUUCCAUCCUGCAAGCGGCUGCCAAUAGCGUGGGCAUGCCCUAUCCCCCAUACGCCGCUGCCGCCGCAGCUGCCGCCUCCAAUCCGAUGCUUCCCACGAUGGCAGCGAUGCCCUCGAUGCAGUCCAUGCAGUCGAUGCAGCAGAUGCAGUCCAUGCAGUCCAUGCAGUCGAUGCAGGUCCCCGUCGGAGGGCACGCACCCUCGCCGUACGGACAAUACCGCUACAGUCCGUACCACAUUCCCGCCCGCCCGCACCACGCGCCGCACAUGCACCCACACGGGAUGAUGGGAGCUGCCGCCGCCUCCUCUGCGAUGGGAUAUCCUGGAGCAGCCAUUGCCGCCGCCAUGCCCUCUGCCUCCUGCUACGCGGCCCUCACGGUACCCAAGACACAGACACCGCCGCUGGAUCUGCAGUCCUCCUCCUCGCCGCACUCCUCCACCCUCUCGCUCAGCCCCGUCGGCUCGGACCACACCAAGGUGUUCGACCGAAGCCCCGUUCCGGCGACUGCGACUACCACCACCACCAGCCCACUGCCAGCUCCUGGUCUCCUGAUGACCAGCGCCAAGCGUCCUGCCUCUGAGAUGUCGCCACCGACGACGGUGCUGGCGGAGCCCAAGCCUAAGCUCUUCAAACCCUACAAGACUGAGGCGUAGGCAUGUCCUCCUCCCCCGCUCCCUCAAAGGAUUGUACAAAUUAGCCUUAGAAUGUCCAUCCACCCUCCACCCCCCUCCCAAAUCCUAUUUAUUGAAUGCCCCUCUGGAUGGAUGAUAUGAUAUUGUAAUCUAUAGUUGAAUAUUAGUGCUUAAGUUCCAACACGAAAUCAAAAAUAAAUCUACAAAACAUUCGAAAUUAUA